UCCUGUCUGCAGUUCUGCAGCCGACCUUCACCGCCGGGCAAGAGGGCUGUGCGCAAUGCAUGUCCCUCCCCCUGCCACGCCCCUCUUCUCUUAAGCUCCCUUCUCCAGCAAUUUCAUCACUUCCUGGAAUAGUCUGAACAUCUGCAGUCUAUUCACUGUUAAUAUUUAGCAAACAUAUGUCUCUAAGGCAUGGGCCGAGCUGGAGGAAGAUUGACAGCUCUAAGACUCCAAAAGCCAACUUCACAGGGUGACUCCCUGCUUCUGGAGGAGGAGACAGGAGAGCAUCGGGCUGGUGCAACAGAGCUGAGACACGAUGGAAUCUGGCUUCACCUCCAAGGACACUUAUCUAAGUCAUUUUAAUCCUCGAGAUUACUUGGAAAAAUAUUACAGCUUUGGGUCCAGGCACUGUGCAGAAAAUGAGAUCCUCAGACAUCUGCUGAAAAAUCUUUUUAAGAUAUUCUGCCUGGAUGGUGUAAAGGGAGAACUCCUGAUUGACAUUGGCUCUGGCCCAACCAUCUAUCAGCUUCUCUCUGCCUGCGAGUCCUUCACGGAGAUCAUUGUCACUGACUACACAGACCAGAACCUCUGGGAGCUGCAGAAGUGGCUGAAGAAGGAGCCAGGAGCCUUUGACUGGUCCCCAGUGGUCACCUAUGUGUGUGAUCUUGAAGGCAACAGAACCAAGGGACCGGAGAAGGAGGAGAAGUUGAGGCGAGCAAUCAAGCAGGUGCUGAAGUGCGAUGUGAGCCAGAGCCAGCCUCUGGGUGGGGUCUCUCUGCCUCCUGCCGACUGCCUGCUCAGCACACUGUGCCUGGAUGCUGCCUGCCCUGACCUCCCGGCCUAUCGCACUGCCCUCAGGAACCUGGGCAGCCUGCUCAAGCCAGGGGGCUUCCUGGUGAUGGUGGACGCUCUUAAGAGUAGCUACUACAUGAUUGGGGAACAGAAGUUUUCCAGCCUUUCCCUGGACCGGGAGGCUGUUCGAGAUGCCGUGGAAGAGGCUGGGUACACCAUCGAGCAGUUCGAGGAAGCCAUCUAAGCAUCCCGUGCCUCAGUUUCCUCACUCGCAAAAUGAGACUGAAGUAGAACUGUUUGUAAAGAUGAUGGGAGUGAAUUCCAAGCUAGAAAGAAUCCAGAGGGAUGUCUGAUACUCACCAGGCAUGCGACAGAUCAAUGCUGACGGCUAGAUCACCAUUGUUGUCACAACCAUCCUAACCCCAUCUUUUGCUAUCAGUUGCCAAAGCAGCUGAGAAGAGACAUUUCCAUCUCCAUGUAGGAGAUGAGCCCUUCACUGGGCUCUCCACUGGGGUGCUUGUCAAGAGCAGCCAUGAGAAAACAGUUCCCACACCAUGUGCCACCAGGUCCUCUCUGAUUCAUUGCUGGUAGUAAACAUGUAUAACAACCUCCUUGGGUUAUUCCUGUGCCAGGUCCUGGGAAUGUAAAUGAAGCCCCAAUGUCAGCUGACUCCAGAGCCCCUAUCUUUGCAGACACAGCGACAUGACCGGUGUUUCCAGAUGCUGCCAAAGACAGUGCUCUCCGCAGUCCCCACCCAGAGUACUCUCCUUAGCAUCUCAGCUCAGGAUAUCCAGCCUGACACUUCCAGGGAGAGCCACGUGGAGAAAGCUACUACCCUGCCUGUGUGUCAGAACCAUGCUGCCUUCCCGCCCAAGCAGCAGAAAAGUUUUUCUGUCUAGACCAGGGUUGGCCAAGAGCAAAUGCUUUCUGGCGUCAUGGAUCAUACGGUCUUGUCUUGUUUGGUUGGUUGUUGAGAGAGGGGCUCAUCACAGACACCGGUCUGCCUCUGCCUCCCAAGCCUUGAUCAAGGCUACCCAACCCACAGUCGCAGCAGAAUCAGCUAUAGAUGAUGUGAAAGUGAAAAUGGAGCUUCUCUCACUGAGUUAACUGGAUAAGGAGAUUUGGAUCAAGGCUUUCAGUUUGUAGACCGGUUUGUGAUCUGGGCUCGAAACAACCUUGCUUGCAGUUCAAGAAAUGUCCUCCGAACACUUUGGUUAGCUUGUGAUACUCAGUCACAACCAUAAGGGAGCUCAAACCCUAUACAAGGGUCAGGCCAGGGGACAGGUAGGAUAUUGCUUCUCCCACACUCUGCCCAUACCCUUUCUUUUCUGGUUGCUGUUUCUCUCCGUCCAAACCCCUCAGCUUGAAGGCAUCCCAUAAAUACAAACGGAAAAUGGGAAAACAAGCAGGGCAGGGGAGUGCCGGAUGAAGUGUCCACUGCAUCAAUAUUUUCACGCUGCAAGUAACCAUCCACUGGGGUAUCAUAAAAUCAAUUGACAGUCACAAUGCACAUUAUAAAAAUGACAGAGAACAAACCGGGCCAAAAAAAAAUGCUAAUAGCAGAGCAGCAUGCAAAGAUAUUUUAUGAGGUUUUGUUUUACGAAUCUGCAGAUCUCUCUGCUCACACGCUGACCCGCACUUAGACACAGCUAAGUGAGCACUGUAGGCAGCCUCCACCCAGAGUUAGCUUCCUGGCUGUGUAGCCAUCUGAAAGAUGCUUAUCAUAUCCCCGUUAGUCAUGUUUUCUUUUCAUUUCUGUUGCCGGCAGAAAUCACUCCGACAAAUAGCGGGGUUACGGGAGAAAGGAGUUUAUUUCAACUUCCAGUUCCAGGGUGCAGCCCACCAUUGUGGGGGAAAUCAAGGCAGAAACUUUGAACAGCUAAUGCCACACCCACAGUCAGGAGCAGAGAGAAACGAGUGUGUACACAGCAUCCAUCGCUUGCUUGUUGAUCAAUGGCUCAGCUCAGUCUCUCCACUGUAUUAUAGUUUAGGACUCCCUGCACACACUGGGCUGGGCCUUCCCACAUCGGUUGACUUAAGACAAUCUCCCUGCAGACAUCUCCCCAGGCCAAGCCAAUGUAGAUGAUGCUCCACGGAUGCUCUCAUUCUAUGUGAUUCUGGGUUGUGUCAAGUUACCAGUUAAAGCCAGCCAUCACAACUUGAUGAUUUGCUGCUGGGUUAUGAGGUAGCAUUUAUUACUGACUGUGAUCUUAAAAGGUUGAAAACCAUGUGCCUAGACUCUGGGCUUCUGAGACGGGAUUAUGAGAACUUAACUUUUUUUUUUUUUUCCUUUCAAUGUAUGUUGCUUCUUCCUCCUAAAGAAUGGUCAGUGGCUCAGAGAAACUGACACACAAACAAAUGUAAUACCAGGAAUGAGAGAAGGGCUGGGAUGGGGAGAUAGUAGUACUGGGUGCUUCGAGGUAAGAUGCCAAAAACCACAGUGUUUGUUCUGCAUCUCGAAGACUGAAUAAGGGUGUGUUUGCCAACUAGGGAAGGAAGAGGAGCCUGAGUACAGUGUGUGCCGAUGCAUGUAAUGACUUCUGCCAGUAGCAGAUCCACCUUUUACUGGCUUGUUCUUUCAGUAAAACCCAGACCUAAACAAACAUUUAGCUUCUGGGUGCUUUGUUUGUUUGUUUGUUUGUUUGCCUUUUCUGAAAUCAAAUAGACCAACCAAGUCAUGAGCAAACAAAGACUCAGGGGUCACUCUGGUCCCAACUUGUAAAUGUCUUUGACCUCUGACCAUGCUGAGCUUUUUCUAGCAGGCGAUCUGAGGGAAGUGUUGAAGAGUUUCACCCUGAGCAAACUUGUAUGAGGUAGGAGACUGUACGGCUAUGCAUAAAGCCCUGGGGAAGAACAGGGAGAAAGGAAGCUAUUAAAGAGGGGGUUAGCCCACAUAGGGUUUCCAGCCCAGCCUUGGUAAUUCCUAUCAUCUGGCUGUCAAGAGUAAUCAAAGGACAUGUUCAUGAUAUGGCUUACCAGACUCCACUUUGAAGACUGUGACUGCCUCUAAUUUUAACCACCGGCCAACUCAGAGAUUCGAGGCAACCAGUAAAUCAUGUGGAGGGGAGAAUGUUGGAGAUUGAGGACAGAAAAUAUGAUCAUCAUUAAGAGUACCACACCACUCUCAUCAGGAUAGAGACCCUUCUCGAAAACAAGGGCAACAGAUGUCUCUCAGGACCGGAUUGAAAUCAAAUGAGAUGCCCAUGAAGCCCUUCUGUAACCUGCUAUAUUAGAGAUCUGCAGUAUAAUUAACUCCUUCUAGAACAGCUAUUGAAACACACGUUGCUCCAUUCCUUAGAUUUUCUUAAUGAACAGAGUUAGGCUUGAUCUUUGAACCUGCUUUGCCUUUUUAUCCAAGUCUGCACCCUGGACACUCAGUAUCCAACCUUAUUUAGAGCCAGGCAUCCACUCAGAAGACAUUUACCACACUCUUAUUACAUUCUAAAUCUUGUCUCUGGCUUCAUUGACCUUAAUCCUCGGGGUAAGGCAUAGGCCAUGGAGUCUCACAGCAUCUAAAAUGUAUGUGUGCUAGUUAGUUUUAAUUCUCAAAACAGCCACGAGUCAUCUGAGAAGAAAGCCUGUAUGGAGGGAUUGCUUAGUUAGAUCAGCCUGUGGGCAUGUCCACAGGGGGUUGUCUUAAUUGUUAAUUGAUGUCUACAUCAAUGCCCUUCUAAGGGUUCAGCCCACUAUGGGAAGUACCAUUCCCUAGGCACCUAUGGUGGUUCUGGGUGGUGUAAGAAAGACAGGUGAGCAUAAAGUAGCUAGCAAGCCAGUGAGCAGCAUUCCCCCAUGCUUUCUGCUUAGGUUUCUGCCCAGACUUUCACCAGUGUUGAACUGUGACCUGGAAAUGUAAGCCAAAUUAAUCUUUUCCUCUCCUGAGUUGCUUUUGAUCAGAGUGAUUUGUUUAUUGUUUGUUUGUUUUGUUUUUCAGCAACAGAAUAAAAUUAGGACAGUACACUAUAACAGAUCUUCUGGUGCUCAAGAAUCAUCAGCCUUUUCUGACAAAGCCCAUCCAAACAAGACAUGCGAGGCUUGUCUUACAGCUGUGUCUUAUGUGCAUAGCCCAAGUCUGUGCAGCUCAACUUUUUUAUAAAAAAAUGUCCAACUUCUACACUGCAUUCUGAAUACUAUAGCCACACUACAGAGAAACACUGCUGUGAAUGGAUUCAUGGAUGCAUCCUGCUUCAUAUUUUCCACUAGGAGUAAGAAUCUCAACUUUUGAAUCUCCCUGGCCAGUUUCACAAAGAAUGGGAGCACAUUGCUUGACCUCCACGAGACCAGCAGAGGGCGCACACGGCUCUUACUAAAGCCUUUCCAAGGCUGAGACCAUUCACACCAGAAGGAAUUUAAAUAGAAAUUAAACCUUCCAAAACAAGAAACCUAUUUCCUUUGGACACUCUAUUUAUGAGGUUGCUAGGAAAAGGGGAAGAGAGCUCAGCACAUUUUUCUCUAACAAAAAAAAUAUGUGAUUACUUUUACACAUUUAAAAUUUUUUCCCUUUUGGGUCUAUACACAAAAUGCAAAUUUAAAUCACCCUAUACAGAGGCUCUGGGCCAGUUUAGCAUGAGAAAUGUUGAAUAUGAUAUUAUGAGGUUAACUUACCAUCAUCUUCUAUUUCCUGUUUAUUCAACAAAGGGACGAGAAGUUUUUGUGCUUUUGCAAAUCUUUCAAUAUUUAAAAAAGAAAAAAAAUCAAGAAGUAUUUCAGUGGCUUUGGUUGCUGACGAAAAGAUUAGGAUCCAGAUUUUAAUUUUAAUUUUAAUGGUGUCUGAUAAAUUAAAUGGGAAGACUUGGGCUGAAUUGCAAACCUUUCACAGAUUAUUGAGUUAGUAUUACCUUUGUUCUGACUUAAGUGUUGAAAACCAGAAAAUAGUUUCUCUCCUGCUUAGUUAUCAUUUCUCCCCUUUCAGGGGGGAAAGAAGCCUUCGGAUAUUGAAUAAACAGGUAGGUUGUUUUUAGCCAAGAGACUUUAUACUCCAGAGGAGCAGGUAUGCAAGGUAUCAAUAGGAAGACAGAUGGUCCUAGAACAAACUGUGGCUGAUUGCUCCUUACUGAUCAACGAGAAGUCUCUGUUCCCCUUCACUUGUCCCACCCUCUCCAACUUUCUAAGCGCGGGGAAAGUUAAGCAGUUUAAUAUGACCUUUGCCCUUGCUAAAUCAAUAUAUCGACUACGUCUUUCUAAUGUGGGUCAAGACUUGGAAAAUGAAAAGCUAAAACCUUUUGUUUAAUUGUCGAAAAGCUGAGACUGGGGUCAAGCCAAAGGACUUCACCUCCGAAAGCCCUGGUUUCCAUGGCAUAGCUGAAUGAUGUACCCUCGAGGUCCAGUGUUCUAUGAUUUUAUUAAUUAAAAACCAUGCUUUCUGGAAGAGAAUUCUAACACAAGCGCCACCUAAAUUAAUCUCAUCCUUUAAGAUUCAAGUAAAGGAGAUGGGGUUGGAGCUCAGCCGGUAUAGUGACUUCCUAGUAUACACAAAGCCCUGGGUAUCCCGUGAGAUCUAGUAUGGUGCCUGGUGCUUGUAAUCCCCGCACUCAGGUGCUGAAACGGCCGGAGAGCAGAAGUUCAAAGUCAUUUUCGGCUACAUAUGGAAUUUGAGCCCAGAUUCAUAUUGUCUCGAUAGAAUUUUUUUUUCCAAGUGAAAUUAGCCCUACCUAUCAUCAUUCACACACCCCUUAAUUUCCUUCAAUUUCCAGAGGGUGGGGGUGGGGGUGGCUUGUAUUUUCCUGGUUACUCCUGGAUCAGAGAUUGCCCUGGUGUCUACUUUGCAAACCAUCUCUUUUCAAUCCUGACCUGAUCUCUUCUGUAUCUCACAACCUUGAGCCUACGGUUUACAGGAAUCCUACUGGCUAGUGCGUGCUUGAGUUAUGGGCUUGACCAAAGCUUCAAAUUUCAAGAUAACGGGGAAUCAUUCACUCCAUAGGAUGAAAGCAGUUUAAACUUGGUGUCUGCGUGAGGAAUAGAGUGAAUGGGGUGUAUGUAAUUAUAAGGGGAGGUUGAUUAGAUGGCCUUGAAUAAGCAGAGACUGGAACAUCUUACAAUGGCUGCCUCCAGGCCACAGAGCCAGGGAAGCCAGUAGCUGCCCAGGGUAAGAAGCUGGAAGCCUUGGAAAGAGAGGACAUGUGGACACCAGCCCCAUCCCUAGCCCAGAAGCUAUCAAAGGAAAAAGUCGUUUUCUCCAAUGGAGUCUCACUGAGUAUACAAACCUAAGGGCAGGCCCCAUACCCAGCAGUAGACGACCAACAACAAACAACAGCAAAAUGAACUCAAUGGUAUUUUUGGAGUGUUUUGUGUUUGUUUGAUUGAUUUUUGUCUCAUAAUGCUUUGUCUGGGCAUAUUGUUUUGAACCUUACAGGUCUUUUGCUUAUAUAUUAUAGUUUUCAAUCUUGUGUUUUUAUGGGAUUUCUGUGUGAGUAAAUGCAUGUAUCUCUGUAUCUACAUGUGUUUCUUCGACAUUUUCUUUGCCUCCCUUUUUUCUGUUUGCUUGUUCUCUCUCUCUCUCUCUCUCUCUCUCUCUCUCUCUCUCUCUCUCUCUCUCCCUCUCUCGGUUCUUUUUCUUUCUCUCCUUUCUGCCUUCCUUCUUUCUUCCUUGUCUUCCCAUCUUAUUGAAUGGUGUCACCCACAUUCAGUAGGGUCUCCCUACUAAGCUCACUCUCCCCCAUGUCAAUCAUCCCUGGGAAACACCCUCAAAGACACAUCUGGAUGUAGAGAGAGUGUCUUGUAUGGAUGUAUCACCUGUCAAUUAAAAAGCCUAUGGCCUAUGGCUUAAGCAAGAAACAAAAGGUAGAACAUCCAGGAAGCAGAAAGGAUUCUGGGAUAGAGCCGUGUGGGAGAUCAGCCUAGGAAGAUGUGAGGAGACAAAUACAUGGAGCCUGAGCACAGAUAACCAGCCACGUGGCAGAAUAUAGGUUAAAAUAAAUGGGUUAUUUUCCUUAUGAUACAGUAGGAGAAUAACGUAGUUAUAUGGCCAGGUGUUUGUAAAUAUGUUUUGAGUUUGAGUUUUAUUUCUGGGAGCAUGGACUGGGAGAUAGAACCAGACCUAACUUUUACAUCCAGAAAUAUCUUACCAAAUCUCUUAAUCCAGUCCAGCUGUUACUCAUCAUAGGUGAUCUGGGAGCCCGAUCCCAGACACCUCUAACAAACCCAGGACCCCUGACCUCAGCAGGCCAGCUAGGGGGACAAAGUAAUUGGAGAGAUGAAGAGAUUUAGUCAAUAUGGCCAAACUGAGGAAAGGAACCAAGAGGCCAGUGACCCAGCCCUCAGUCUCAGGUCCACCUUUGGAAUUCUGAUGUAAAGUUUAGGUCUAAAUAGAGGGCUAAGAAGUCCUGGUCAAAGUGUUGUCCAUCCAUCAACCUUGUCUGGGUUCCAGGCUCUCCUGCAAGGUGGUCCAACAAGUGUCACCACUGUGUGACAUCUCUUUUCUAGAACCAAGUUGCUAUGUCUGGUUGGCACGGAGGCUUCAGCCUUUCCUUCUCCCAGCACAAGAUUCCUGUGGGAAAUUCCAGUUGCUGAGUUGUUCCAAAAGGAUGAUAGCCAAGAGGAGGGGCGCACAUGUUUAUUUAGAAUCUCUGUGUCCCUGCCAUGAUGCCUCAAAGUCAACAAUGUCUGAGUUACGGCUUUAUUGCUGGGAAGAGACACCAUGAUCACUGCAAUUCUUAUAAAAGAAAACCUCUAACUGGGGAUGGCUUACAGGUUCAGAGGUUUAGUCCAUUAUUGUCAUGGUGGGAAGCAUGGUGAUACCCAGGCAGACAUGCUGCUGGGGUGGGAACUGAGAGUCUACAUCUGGAUAGGCAGGCCAUGGGAAGAGAGAGAGAGAGAGAGGCUGGGCAUAGCUUGAGCUUCUGAAACACCCACAGUGACACACUUUCUUCAACCAAGCCAUAUCUACUCCAACAAGGCCACACCUCCCACUAAUGCUGCUCUCUGUCCAUAAGUCUAUAUUGGGCGUUUUCAUGUACACCACAGCAACCAAGGUCAGAUACCACAAGACCAAUGUUUGUCAAGCCAUCCUGCAAACACAUUAUUUUAAUCCAUAUCCAAAUAGAGACAGCAAAGCCAUGAUUUUCCCAACACAUUGUCCCCGGUUCAGCCAAAAGCACACUGACUCCUUCCACAAAAGAGAACCGGGGUUUUCUGAUAGUCUUCCUCUAUUCCUGACACUGUCACGGCUCCCUUAGUCCUAACUUAUUGGGGGAUUUCUGCCCUUUACACAUUAUUCUGCCUCCUACCAUCCCUUCUUUGGUCCCCAGGCCCUGCCUGUGACUGUAGCAGAUGCUGUUCAGUCCCAAACAACUCAUCAUUUCACAUCUUCAAACCUUGACGAAACCCCUGGAGCUUCACUUCCUUUGCGAAAUCAUGGUAUUUUCCUUGAAAGGAACUUUUAAAAUUGCAUUUAAAUUGAAGAGCAAGGGCCAGAGACAAGAAGGCCUUAAGUUCAACUCUAUCUCAGAUAGAUGGACAGACAGACAGACAGACAGAAAGACACAUGAUAGACUUAAGUUCAAUUCUAUCAGAUAGAUAGAUGGAUAGACAGACAGGCAGACAGACAGAUACAUGAUAGGUAGAUGAUAUUUAGGUAGAAGACAGAUGAGAUGAUAGAUUAUAGAGAGAAGAUAGAUGAUAGAUAAUAGAGAAAUGAUAAAUGACAGAGAGAUAGAUGGAUGGACAGAUAGAUAAAUGAAUUUACCUCCUUCCUCUAACCAAGAAAUCAGAUCCUGAGUUUCCUAACACCCAAAGCAAAGAGAGGAAAGAGUGCUAGGAAUGGUCAUUAGUGCUGGUCAGACAGGACUACAGGUCAGACACACUCCUACCCUGACCUUCAAGUCACAGUCAAGGUGGAUACAGGUGAGUAGCUUUAUUAUGUCACAUGGUGUCUCUGGGAAAACAUGGAGCCAAACCUGUCUUUGAGGGUUGACACAUAGGGGAAGAGAUUUCUAAGAUAAAGUUGUAUUAGUUAAAGAGGUAUGUGUGUGAGAGAGAAAAAAACGCGGUCCAGAUAUAGAGAAAAACCACGUGUACAAAAACAUACAGAGGACAGGGAGACCAUGCACAGGCUUGGGGACUGUAGAUGUAGUAUGUACCCAGAUGUGCCUCCCCCCACAUCAGCACACCUAACCCCCAGCUGCUCUUCCUGUUGGCUGUCCACAGCACACAGCGGCUCCUUCUCAGGAGAUGUGCUCAUAACUAAUGGGGGACAUCUCCUCUAGUGACAAGCCACAGUCCUCAACCCAUGGUCCUCUGAUUCCAGAUUUAAAUAGCACGUCCUCCCUCCCAUACGGGAGACCACUCGUUAAUGCAGUUUGUGUUACUAUGGUUUUGCCCUCAUGCCUGGCACCCCCAGAGUCUACCUGAUAUCACAUCCUUGCUGGGUCUCCCCUAUUUCCCAUCUUAGUUCCCCCUAAGUGUGAUCCCUGAGGUCAGAUAUAGCAGAGCACGCCUUUAAUCCCAGCACUCAGGAGGCAGAAGCAGACAGAUCUCUGUGAGUUGGAUGCCGGCCUGCUUUACACAAUGAAAAUCCUGUCUCAAAAUACAAAAACAAAAAAACAAAACAAUAACUAAAUGGCAUCUCCAAUCCUUGGUCUGUGCUUCCGAGAAACAAGUUUUAGAGAUAGUGCUCCUGAGGCUGAGGUUGCCAGGAGAAGCGGAUUUGAAGUUUUCACUGAUUGAAGCUACAGCUAUUCUCAAAACAUUUCCUCUGGCCCAGGGUUGGUUCCCAGCACUCAUAAAAGGCAUCUCAUAACCACCUGUAACUCCAGUUCUGGGGAUCCAGUGCCCUCCUCUGGCUUCCAUAGGCACCUGCACAUGUGUAGCGGACAUAAACACACCAAGCACACACAAACACAUAAACACAAACAAGUUCUUUUUUUCAAAAGUCCCUCAGGGAUAGAGCCAGUUACACUUCUGAUUCCGGGAUCCAAGCUGAACUUGGCCUUCAUCCACCCUCCUGACUUUUACAAAUGCAAGGCACCAAGAUGAAGAUGUCAUGGCUCUUGGGUGGUGUCCUCUGAGCCUCAAUCUCAAUCGGUGACUAUAUCUACCUCAAAGAUAGUGAUAAAUUAAGUUUCUGAACCUAAAAGAUCAGACACUGAAUCGUGACAUGGACAAUUUCUGACACAUAGCACUAAAUACCCUAGUGUUUCUGUGACGGUUUGCAUAUGCUUGGCCCAGGAAAUGGCACUAUUAAGUGUGGUCUUGUUGGAGUAGGUGUGUCACUGUGGAUGUGGGCUCUAUGACCCUCAUCCUAGCUCCCUGGAAGCCAGUGCUCUGCUAGCAGCCUUCAGAUGAAGAUGUAGAAGUCUCAGCUCCUCCUGCACCAUGCCUGCCUGGAUAUUACUCUGCUCCCAUUUUGAUGAUAAUGGACUGAACUCUGAACCUGUAAGCCAGCCCAAUUAAAUGCUAUCCUUUGUAA